UGUUUUUAUGUGCACUUUGUGCUGGUCCUGUUUUUGUACUGCCUUUGUGUUUUCAUGUUGGCUGGUAGUAUGUUUGGAAGGUUGUGUGUUUUAACUUCCAGUGUAAAUGUAAAAAAAUAUAGACAUAAACUGGCAACUCAUGGUCAAGUCACCCUCAAAAACUAUGAUGUUUCUUUCACUGAGAGUUCUUUUGUGACUUCUUAGUACGGUAAUAUCUCAAUGACUUUUGCACUGCAUGUGUAAUGUCACCUUUAUGACAAGCUGUGUUCAAGCUGAAGGCCUUAAAGGGGACGUACAGUACUACUGCAUAUGGGAACAAAGUUGUAUGAAGCCUUAUGUGGCCACCGUGAGAGCUUCAGGAUAAAUGAUAAAUUGCGUCAAAAAAUGUGACUUGAGUCAUUGGGGCUAGAGUUCAAACGGUAUGAAAAUUUGAUAUCGUGAUUAUUGUGACCAAAACUGUUAUGGUUAUCACUGUUAUCGUGGUAUUGUUAAAAUGUGCUCAAAAUGUUCAGACACACACACAUGCUGAAAUCAUUCCACUAGGCUUAUCAUUAAACCAGUACCCUGCUCCUCAUCUCUGCUGGAAGAUGGCAGCUUGGAGCUACAUUAACCACUAACGCACCUGAAUUGCCAACUGAACUGUCAUUGGUCAAGCUGCACUGUAGGAAGAGAAAUGCUCUGGUUUUGCUGCACCAGUUUUGAUAAUUUUUUUAUGAGCAUCCAGUGCAGUCACAGUAUGUGGUGACAUCGUGUAUCUCACCUUGCUCAUGGCUAAGUUUAUUGCAUACGAUCUGGUUUAGCUCGUUGUAAAAAGCGCAUUAUCUAGCCAUGACCAACUCAUUUAUUCAAAACAUUUUUGAUUUAGGUUUUUUUUUAUCUCUGUAUUUGCAUUGCAGCUACAUUCUUUUUUUUCACCUCUCCUAUUUUUUCUCAUCUCAUUUCUCAAGUGCCAGGCAAACAUUGCAUUGGAGUCAUGUGAAAGUUACAGUAAUUACCUCAUGAAUAAUGAGCGAUCAGACUGAUUUGGCAUUGCUACAAAUCAGAACUGUACCUUUUUUAAGAACUUUAGAUUAGUGAAAACAAUGACAAAAAAGCAGAGACCAUAUUUUCAAAUCAUUUAGAUGACCAGUAUUUUUUUUGAAGAAUUUGUGAGUAUGUAAGAGUUUGAGUCCUGUGAACGUGUCCUGUUCCUUUCGGAUUUGACUGAAGUGUGUUGUGCUGUCAAUACAAUUCCUAUCCAAGCAGCAUGGUGUAAUGUUCUCUCUUAGCGGCUUUUAAUAUUACCGUGAUCUCUGUUGACCUGCACUACUCAUGGGGAGUAAUCAGACUUUAAUUAUACAUUCUUAAUCACUUUAAGACAAUCUGUGUGACAAGACAGCGUCAGGGCUAUCUUUACCUUCUAAUCUGGCCCUGGUUAACUGAUGAACAGAAAAAGUAAAUCGUGUCUUUAUUCACCUGCAUUUUUUUGCGGCUGAUUGAGAUUGCCAUUUACAGUUUUAAGUCCUUUAACUCCUCAACAUUUUGACUGUCUAUCCAUAAAAAUGGAGCUUGUAGGGCAGGCUCACAGUGUUACCCAUCUUAGGUCAGACUGAACUCAAACCGAUUGUGAAAAGUUCUCUACAAUCAUCAUUAUUAUUCCUAGUGAAAGGUAUGCACCACAGAACUGGCUCUGCCGAGUGACUCUGGCUCACAGAGUAUGGCAUUCCAAGUUAAAAGCAAACCAAACUGAUAUUGCCCUCAAUACUGUCUUCAUAUUUUCUCCAUAUUUGGAAAUGUUUACCUCGUCAUGAUGGUUGACAGAGGUUGGAAGAGGGGAUGUGAGUCAUUUCAGCUGCAGAAGGCUUUCUAAGGGUGAGAGGAGCCUUCCAAGUGACUGCCAUUUAGUAAAGCUAGCAGUUUUCUCAGUGCUUUGUUGAUCUAAAGAGAAUCUGUGUCUGAUCCUGUAGUCUCCACCACCACUUAGUGUUAACAUUUGGAACGAUGUGGAACCCAGCUAAUGACCAGACAGGCCAAGUGUCUGCCAGAAUGGAAACUACACCAUCUCUGGGUAGUGCAAGCAUCUCCAUCUCCCAGCAGCAGGCACCCAAGAAAUUUGCCCCUGUGGUCGCACCCAAGCCCAAGUUCAACCCAUACAAACAGAUGGCAGACCCCACUCACCCUGACACUGCAGCGGACUACCCUCCCCCUCCACCACCUGUGGAAGAUUCAACUGCUUUCUCGCCAUCCUCUGGUUCCUUCCCUCCUCCACCGAUGAACUCGUAUGAUUAUCAGAUGAAAGGACCAGAGAAGACUCUGGAGGAGAGACGCUCCAGUCUGGAUGCUGAGAUCGACUCACUCACCAGCAUCCUGGCAGACCUGGAGAGCAGCUCGCCCUACAAGCCGCGGAGCACACAAAACUCUGGAUCCUCAGCAACCUCCACCCCCAGUGCUCCGGUGACUGGUUACAAGCGGAUGGUUAUUCCAACCCAACCACCUCUUACUGCUACCAAGAAGUCUACACCUAAACCUCAGGUUCCUGGGGGAGUCUCAUCUAUCUCCCCUUCUUCUGUCAGCCCAGUGGCCAAGCCUCAAAGCCACACAGCCCCUCAGCCUGUCCCAGCUUCCUAUGCUACAGCCUCAACUCCAAGCCAACCCACCUUCAAUGUGCAGGUGAGGUCAGCCCAGCCUGGGCCCCAGCAUCAAGUCCCAGGUGCACAUCAUAUUGGCCAGCAGCCCGUUCGCAACCCUGCACAGGUGCAGUACAUGCCUGCCCAGCCAAAAGGUCCAGACUUUGCCUAUGGACCACCGCAGCCUGGCUUUUCCCCGAUGUCUCAGGGUGCAUAUCAAGAACAACACCAUCCAGGAGUACCCCAACAAGGUGGCUUAAGCUCCAGGAGACCUGAACCGGCUGCCACACAAGCAUAUCAACCUCCAGGCCCCAGGAAGCCCUAUGUCACAGAUGUACCACCAAGCUUGUCUCCUUACACCUCUGGGCCGGCUGUUCCACCAAAGGGCAGUGCUCCCAUCGCCCACCCUGAAGAUGAGCUGGAGCGCCUGACCAAGAAGAUGCUGUUUGAUAUGGACAACCCACCAUCUGAGGAAUAUUUUGGGCGCUGUGCCAGCUGUGGAGAGAACGUAGUGGGCGAAGGCACUGGCUGCACUGCCAUGGACCAGGUCUUCCACGUUGACUGUUUCGUCUGCAUGACCUGCAGUACCAAGCUGCGUGGCAAGCCUUUCUUCGCUGUGGAGAAGAAGGCGUACUGUGAGCCUUGCUACAUUAACACCCUUGAGACCUGCACCAUCUGCAGUAAACCCAUCAUGGAGCGCAUCCUGCGAGCCACAGGGAAAGCCUACCACCCUCACUGCUUCACCUGCGUGGUUUGCCACCGCAGCCUGGACGGCAUCCCUUUCACUGUGGACGCUUCCAACCACAUCCACUGCAUCGAGGACUUUCACAAGAAGUUUGCUCCACGCUGCUGUGUGUGCUCUGAGCCUAUAAUGCCAGCACCGGGCCAGGAGGAGACGGUCCGUAUUGUGGCCCUGGACCGUGACUUCCAUGUGCAGUGUUACCGCUGUGAGGACUGUGGCUCUCUGCUCUCAGAGGGGGAUAACCAGGGCUGCUACCCUCUGGACGGACACGUCCUCUGCAAGAACUGUAACACCAGACGCAUCCAGGCCCUCACCGCCAAGGCCACCACUGACCUCUGAGCGACCUGCCACCCGGUCACCUCCACUGUGAUAACCCAAUGCUUGCUCUCUUUCUCUUUCGGUCUCUCCCUCCCUCUCUCUUUCUUUUUCUCGCAAACAUACAGAUCCACAGAAGCUUGCAUUCCUCAGCAUAUACGUAUGUAGCCCUCUAUAUAUACUCAGUAUCAAUCAGUAACAAGAAAUGGCAUCACAUGUUCAUCUGCAUACAUGUAUAUAUAUAUAUAUAUCGACUCGGUACAAUCACAGCAGAAGAAGUGUUUAUUUAAACUGUGUUGUCGAUAAGUAUAUUGCAAUACUUCAAGAUUUUGGGAAAUAUGCUUUUACACUUUCUUGAGAAUAAGAUGAGUAGAUUGAUGACUUUUUUAUGUAUGUAUGCUAAAUCUGAAGCUGCAGUCAGCAGACAGAUAGUUUAACAUAAAAAGCAUUAAAAACUGGAGACAGCCUGGCUCUGUCCAAAGUUUGAAAAAGCUCACUAAUUAAUAUGUAUUUCAUUUGCAGCUUUGUAGUGACUUAUGAGCUGUUUCUGGCCAAGAUAUAGCCCCCCUCAUAGCCCUCUAUGAAGCCUCGGUUUGUUGUUUUUAGACUACAGUUUUUGCACAGGUUGAUAAAAUGAGAUAUAACAUGUUACUUAGUAAGCUUCACAGCUGCUGGUGGGCAUAUUUUGUUACCUCUGGACAGAGCCAGACUCACUGUGGUUCUCUGUUUUUCUUUAUGCUAUGCUAAGCUAAAGAUGUAGCCUUCUAUUUACUGUACAGAUAUAAAAGUGGCAUCAGUUUAUUCAUCUAACUCUUAUUCCUAAUAAGAAUAUUUCCCAAAAUAUCAAACUAUCGCUUAAUAUCACUCUCAUCUCUCAGUGUUAUUAUCUCACAUUAUAAUCACCUUAAACUGGCACGUUCAAGGCACGGUUCACCGCACAUGUAUGCAUGUGUGCAUGUAAGCCCAAAUAUUUCUUGCUGACUGGUUCUUGGUGAUCUAGCAUGAACUCCACCAAAACAUGUAAAAUGUUUGCCACGUCUGCCCUGCAGACAUCAUGGAUAGGCGUGUAUAUGCCUGUAGCUUUAGCAAUAUUUAGAAAAACCAUGAGCAUACAGUAUGUUGGCUAGAAUGUUCAUUUUAUUCUUUAGUGUUUAUUGCAAUGAAAAUCCACAGACGGUACACAAAUAGGGAUACAAUUACACACUGAGACUCAUUAUUGCAUAACAGUUCUGCAUAACUGAACACCAAAGAGCUGAACUGAAACUGCCAUAUUUACUGUGUACUUGCUUUGUAUGCAGCUAUAUUAAACAUUACAUUAUGUUGCUUGGGACCACAGGAAUCACAAAUAGUUAUUCUCAGUGACAAAUGACAAAAUCCGCCACAGGCAACUGUGGAAUACAAUUCCCUUAUGAACUUAAAUGUUCUUUGUCUUUUCCAAUCAAAUUUGCUUUUUUUUGGUAUAGAGAUAAUUUUCUAUUGGCCUCAGCAGUACAAUCAUGGCAUUCCGUUCAUAUAGAUCCAGCCUUACAUUGUAUUGGAGUUUAAUGAUAUACUUUUUGAGCAGAUAAAUAAGUAACUUUUUCUCUUGUUUGCAAUUGCGUAGAUUAGAUUGGUGAUUGUAGUGUAAGCAGUCUGGCAGAGUUAACAGAUUUGAGAUGGCUAUGCAAUUUUUAAUGUUAAUUGCAUCGACACUUUAUGAGAAAUUUUUAUGAAUAAGGAAAUAUUUUACCUGUACAGAUUCAAGCAUAAGUGUCCUUAUAGUAAUCCUUUAAUCGGAACUAUGCUCUUGGUACUGUGUGACUUUGUGUGUUACUGUGCUCCUAGUCAGUAUUGACCGUACCAUUGACGCUAGUCUUUUAUAUUUGGUGUUUGUUUAAAGUUGGGCGAAGAAGGGACCAUGAGAGUUUCUCCAAAAUGACUUAUUUUAUUAUUUGUUCCAUCCUAAAGUCAUUGACCAGUAGUUUGACCUAUUUGAUAGUUAUUUCAAAGUAAUUACCAGAGCAACAUGAGUUGUAGGACUUCUGAUGAUGGUGAGUUAAAGGUACCCUCUGGAGUUUUUGACCACUAGUGGCGCUGUGGAGCAAUGGUUUUAUGAGCGAGUGCCCAGUUUGUUUGAACCAUGUACACAUCAAGUGUGAUGUUAGGUCACCAUAGGCACAGAGUCUGAUUGGCUACUCCUGGAGCUCACCCUGCCAGAGUAAAAAAGGUGUUAGGUGUCCAUCUGGCUUGUUCAUAUCAGAACCUCUGCAUGAAGUGACUGUUUAGAUUUCCUGUGAGCAGGUUCCACACUGUUCCACUGAUCUGCAGUUAUUGACCGUACUAUGCAAAGAAUCAUAAGCAUCCAACAAGAAGACUCCUAUCUUAGAUUAUUAGUAAACCUUAAUUUCAAGAUUUGUUAGUUGUUGUUAGUAAAAACACAAUUUAAAGUUACUCUCCAGCUCAACGAUGGAGACAGAGCGACAAACAGCAGCAGAGGUCGAUCGAGCUGCAGAGUGAAUGGAGAGAGUAAAUGGCGUUGGUACCUGCAAAGCAGUCAGUCGGAUUUCUGAUUGUUUGAUGGCGGUUACGAUCGGGAGCACCAAACAGUCCUGUGGGAAGGGGCUGGUUUGCUGGUUUUUGUGUGAAUUCAGUCGAAACAUAUACUUUAACCUGCCCACUAUGUGUGGCUGCCCCUGUGCCUGUGCCUGUGUGUGUAGUUCAACCCCACCAAUGGCCAUGUUCAAAUACACAUGGACAAUGGACUUACCCUUUAAUGAGAAGGGAACUGAAUUGAGCAUGCUUUAUUUUGGUUGAGAAACACUGAACAUAAAUGCAAGUUUAAUUUGUUUACAAAGAAAAACUCCACAGGGUACCUUUAAAGUGGAGUACUUUUUGUCUGUUUAUUAGCUGGAUUGGUUUACAGUCAUAUAUGUAAAACAAAGUGUUAUGUAGGACAGCAUGUCUCACAUUCACCAAGCAUGUGGAUGGAUAUACCAGGAACCGAGGAAUUAUUUAUGAUUUUCAGAGAAUCCUCUUCUCUGUACAGUUUCAGUUUCACAUUAAGAUGUAGUAUGAUGUAGUAAGUUAAUUUGGAUAUCAGAAAGUGAUCACACAAUCAAAUCUUCUCUAUAUACUGCUUCUACUGUGAUCAGUAAGUCUGAUUACGUCAAGGUCCUUGUGACCUGUUUGUCUGGGUCAGCGUUUUAACCAGGUUAACACACUGAAAAUGACUGUGCUAAUGAGCCCAUUAAUAAAUAAAGAGUGAAUAGUAAUUUGACAU